UUUAACGAACACGUACACGCAGUGAUCUCUAAGUAUAUACUCAUCGUUGACACAAAGUGGGUCACGAAAACAUUACAAUUCUAUUCUGUAACAGACGAUGGAGUUGUCUUUAAAAUUUUGUGCAACGGAAUAAACCGUCAGUAUUAAGGUAUUAAGCCGACAGCCGAGUAAGACAAUCGCGAGGAAUUACGAUUGAUAUGAAAGUUGAGAUACGUUCUUGAGGUCUUUUACAUGAAUCACAGUUGGUACUAGAGAGAAAGAAAAAUGAACAACUUUCACGACGAUAUAGACAUGAAAGAGAUACUGCAGCUUGGAAAGCUUUUGCGUGAGAACGGAGAUAAAAUAUUAAAUUCGUCGAGCAAGCUCUCUUUGUCGACCACGCUGCUGCAUAAUUUAAACAUGGCCUUCUCGUUGAUUGUGGAUCAGUACGACGAUUUGGAAGCUUCGUUUCAAGUGUGCAACAGUUCAAAGAUCGAUGUAUUUCGCCACCUAAAGUUUUUACACGACUUUGUACAAAAGACUCGUGGAUUGAAAGUGACUUGUUGCCCGAACAAUCCCAACGUGCCUGUUGACAUUACUAAAUUCAGGCAUUUGAAGUAUCUUGAAUUGAAGAAGAUCAAUAUUGAUUCUGUGCGAGGACUACAGGGUGUCAGGGGUCAGCUCGAGAGCGUCGUUUGUGCUGGCAGAAGAGGGGUCUCUAAUGUGAAACAGCUGUUGGUCAGCUGCGGCGGAGACGCUGGAAUCGGAUUCGUAUGGGGCUCUUUGAAACAUUUGGCGUUGCCGCACAACGCCCUGGAAAAAUUGGACGCAUCCCUGGAACUAGCGCCUUGGCUACAAGCGAUAGAUCUGAGUCACAACUUGCUAACGUCCGCAGAGGAGAUAUUCUGCUUGCCUAACGUGAAAUACGUGAAUCUUGGAUACAACAGACUCGAGAUGAUAUCUGUAUCCAACAAGGCAGCGUCACACACUCUACGAGUAUUGGUAUUGAAGAAUAAUUACAUGGAAAAUUUAAAUGGUCUGCAAAAUUUAGAGUGUUUGACAGAGUUGGACUUGUCUUACAACUGUUUAACGGAGCAUUCGGUGUUGUGGCCUUUGGAGAACAUGUCGACUCUGUUAUGGGUGUGCUUGGAAGGCAACCCGUUGGCGUAUCACCCGCUGCAUCGAUCGAAAUCGAUGAAAUACUUGCAUCCAAUUUUGGCCGACAGCGAGUUUGUUUUAGAUCAUUUGCCACUUUCGAGGACCGAGAAGCAAGCCGUUAAGGAGAAUCGACAAUUCACAAUUAGAUCCGAGCAGUCCGCGUCGAGCGAGUUUCUGGCCUCGAUGUCUUCCGUCAAUUCAAACAGUUUAUCCGCGUCUAUCGAUACGACGAACAUCAGCGAUUUCGUAGCGGCCAAGUCGGUAGAGGGGACGAGCAGCAGCAGCAUGGAAAGGAGCUUUUUUAAGAAACGGAAUCGAAUAAAAGAAGCGAUCAUCGCGGAGGACGAACAAGAAAAGAAGGAAUCACAAGUCUCCGCUUCGUAUUCCGGUGCUUCCAAAGACCACUUGGAAGUAAAGAAACAGAUACUGGCGGUGCGAAAGAGGUUCGGGGAGGAGAACUGGCUGAGUAGUCACGCUGGAACUUUUGUUCAAGACAUCAUGGGUUUCGAACCUUCGUCUUGCCCCGCGUUAACACCGGAGUCUACGUUAAGGAAUUUAGACACCGCGGACAGCGUGCAGGACACGCGAGACUCCGCGGUUCUGUCGAUUCAAAACGCACAACGAACCGAGACGAACGAAGACUCGUCGGCAAAGGACGUUAACGAAGUCAGCGACGGUAAAGACGAAGGUAUAGUAUUGGCCGAGGAAGAGAAUAGUCCCGAAGUUCUAUUAUCAGCAAACGACGUGACGAAGUUGCUCCUGAAUGAAUCCGAAUCUGGAUACGACCCGGACGAAGAAACGGGAGAGUUGUAUCUGGUUCAGAAGAAGAAAAACGAAGACGAGAUGGAAGACUUGUUUUUAAUAAUAACAGCGGACGAUAUCAAAGAACGAGAUUCGAUUACUGGGAAACUAAAGUCGAGUUGGUCGACGAGUUCCGUGUUAUCGUGCGUGUUGGGUAGAAGCGAACCAGUAACGGUGGAUAUCAUUUUUGACACGACCCGAGAAAAUCGACAGAAUAGAAGAUAUUACGUGGAGCCGGAUAUCGCAAAGACAAUAGUGGAAGUAAUUGGCGAGAGGAUGAAGAAGAGACCGAUACUGUUGAAAGUAUUUAAAUGCAUGAAGUGCUCGACCCAUUUCUCCGAAGACACCGAGUAUCUUACUUUUGUAGGUUCGUCUGUGUCGACGCGUAUUCUAUUAGAUAUGAAGCAGUUGAAGUGUCCUACAUGUAAGAGCACUCUAGUGGUAGAAACAGACGAGUUAUCCACGAUGGACACGGAACAUGAUGAUUCGGAGCACGCGAUGAGACCUGAGAAUACAGUUAGGCCCCACUUGAAACACUCUGAGUCUUUCUCUAGCAUCGGUGGAACGGAGGGCGGGCCUAUAUCCGUCGCCACUUCUCUGGUGCACUUUGAUUCUCACAUCCAAGCUCAAGUCUGCUGUUCGGCGACGAGCUUGGAAGAAUCCAGGGAAUCUACACCGUCUACGAACGCGUUAAAUAAAAAGUACGAGAGCGACAUAGAAGUGAUCAGCAAUCCGAGUCAGAGCAGCAUCGAGGUUCUAGACGAUGCGUCGAGGACUCAUCUUACGCCGAACGGAAAGCGUUCUUCGGAGGAAAGGCGUACAGCCGUCGCCCCGUCUCUUUUAACGAUACCGGACGCAGCGGCGAUCACGACCGGCUUGACCGAGAGCAGUUCCUCAGGUUCACUAACGGACAGUAUUUGUACAGCUUACGAAAAUAAGGUAGUCAGGCAUCGGGUGAACGCGGAGGACGCAAAGACUUUUAACAGUAACGAUAAAGAGGCAAAACUCACGCCCGUAACGAAUCUGACCUCGAUGCUAGGUGGAUUGCUCCAGAGUAUAAAAAUCGGUAGCAACAAACAGUUGAUGUUGAAAACCGAGAAAGCACCGCGUUUCACGACCAACAACAUUCAGUACUGUUACACAGAUUUCAGCAGUAUAGAUCACAGACUGAAGUUACACAUCGUUUUAAACGUGUUCGAGCACGAGAAGGAGGAACUCAUUCUUCUCCUGAGGGCAGAGAUAUUGAUGCAAAACUCGGAAGACACGUUUCCCGGUUGCCUGAUUUUGUCCACAUCGAAAGUUUACGUUCUCAAGAUCGACGGACCGGAAGGGGAGGAUCCUCAACGCUGGUUACGCAAACAGAUGAGUUGGACGAUAGACAGAUUGAGACGUUUGUCACCGAUACCGUUCAAGCAGGGUGUUCUGGUGGAAUUGGAGCAACCGAACAGGACGGACGAGGAACUCGACUCGGCCAUCACGUUUUUGUGCGUUCUACAAGACUUUCAACGAACGCUCAACUUUUUGUUCUACGUCACCGACUACUUGCUGCCACCGAUUUGCGACCAAGUCGAGCUCACAGUUCCGGAUCAUUAUACCACAGCGAUGCAUCGGUCGUUGAAGAAUAGCAAGAGUUAUCAAGACGGAGACAACGUCAGGCAGCUCGCGUUAUUCUCCUCGGCCUCGUUCAAACAUCAUGAUCUCGAGGUGCAAUUGAAACUGUCUAGUUUGAUAGUGACCGCGUCCGUUUUGGUCAUAUGCAAUGUCCAGUGGCUACUUCCGGGUAGCAAGGAACUCCCGCGGAUAAUAAGGGAGCAAGCAAUGAGUAAUCUGGUCGGGGUGGAGCAGUGUGGUUCUUUGCUGACGUUGAACUUUUUGGACGAAGUAGCGGGACGAGAAGAAUCGUGGGUCUUGGAAUUCGUCUCGGUGAACGCUGCCGACAUAGUCAUCACCUCUGUACGAUCGCCGUGGGAGGAACUGUUUUCGAUACCCUUGCAACACACGGUUCACAAACCGGAGAACGCAUGAAGCGCCGAUGAAUACGUGAAGAAUAUUCUAGUCGACUGAAACGCGUCAGGUAAAUCGUCUAAUACGACUCGUUCAAUUGAUUCUCUCUUAUUUUUCUCUACCUACUUACAAGAUACACUUCGACAUGCGCCAGCAGAUUUUUUUUUAAAGAAAAUUGAUUGAAGACAAAGAUAAAGAGAGAAUCUUAUGAUGUUUGACCAACGAAAUUAUAUGCAAUCAUUACGAUACAGCGAAGGUAUUUCAAUAUUCAACAAAACAAGUUUAUCUGUUCGUUUCGUGCUUGUAACAACUCUUUUCCAUUGUAUCGGACUAUUUAUUUACAACACUAUACAUGUGUAUAUAUACCUGUUUCUUACACGCUUUCUAAUAAUUUCUUGUACCGCUCGAUUCGAUGGGAGGCAAACGUAAUUUGAAAUGGUGCUAUUAACUUUAAGACGUAGCUUAACUCGAAAAGUUUGCUACUAGAAAAAAUUUUUUAUAUCAAUAAUUUAUUAUACAUUUUAAACGAUCGGAUGCAUGGUAGAAUUUUCAUCAUUGACCACCGGAGCUCGUCACAAUAACGAACAAAAUUUGAACACAUCCAUCUGUGAUAAUCAGAGUUUGACCCUCUAUGGGCCGAAUUUUUUUCUUUAAACGUAGAAAAUUUCGAUAUAUAUUAGCAUGUAACCUGAAAGUUACGCGGGCCCAUAUGGGGUUAAUAUAAUAUAUUUAAUGUAAACUUUGAUUUUUGUCAUAUCUAUAUGUAACAUUAUACAUAUAUAUUCUACUAGAAUUACUGUUCGUAACGAAGCGAACGAAACGUGAGGGACAAUUUUAUAUUAGCUCCGUACGAGGCUGUGGAUAUUUCACCGCGAAGGCCGCAGUUAAUUAGACGUUUAUUUACCUAUUGUACGAAUUAUUGCUCGCCAAAUCUAAUUGAAUUCAGCUCGGUGUAUCACGAGAACGAUGAACGUUAUUUGUACAUACGUAUGUAAAUAAAUUGUUACCACGUC